UUUUGGUUCUGAAAUGUGUUGUAAGGCUGCACAACAAGAAGAACAACUACCCCAAGCAGUGGUGUCGUGAUGCAAUUGACACUUAUGCUGGUUUGGUUAUAUUUUGAGUGUGGUUCAUCUGGUUGCACCAAGUAAAGAACACCAGGGCGUGUAGGUUUGAGUUCUGUCCGCCGAACAUGAUUCUGUGCUUGUUGAGCAGUUCCUUCCGUUGGUAAUAGCUCUGUGUUUUCCUAUUUGUGAGUAGUAAGUUGUUUGCACGGGAUAAUAAUAAUAUUUCAACAGCAGAAGUUUUUCUUUGUGUUUGUUUUUGCCGAAGAAACGACCAUGGCAUCAUCUCCUGCUGCGCUGCAAGGUACGGAGCAAACAGCAGCCCGAGGAUUAGGAGAAGUGGAGGACCUCCCAGUUAACGAGUCUCCGUCCACGGCCGCAAGUACUAGCGAAGAUCCGGCUGAUGUUGACACGACGACGUCUGCGUGGAUCGAGCGUGUCCCACUGCCCAACGGGGAGCGGUUGCUGUUGCAAGAAGAGUAUUGGUCAGCGGACGAGUACGACACCGGACAGGUGUCUUCCAACGCACAGGUUUGGGAGGCCGGGAUGCUUCUGGUAAACUGCUUGCACCGCCUACUUUUAUAUGAACCGGUGUGGGAAACGUCGCCCUUUCUUGAUUAUUCAGCCAGUGCUGGACCGCCAUUUGAGACCAGCAGCAGUGCGUGUAAUAAAAACGCCGUAGCAGGAGCGCCAACAAGAAGUUGUGCAACAUCUAGAACGGUGCUGCUUGAUUUGGGUACAGGAACUGGUGUUUGCGGGCUUGCGGCCGCCAAAAUGGGACUCGCGGACCACAUAGUUCUCACCGACCUUCCACUCGUACUCGAAACGGUGACGCGGGAGAAUGUGAAAAGGAACCACGACUUUAUUUCUGGACAGCAAGUAGGGCGAGAAGUGACGGUGGAAUGCAUGCCGCUGGAUUGGCGGGAGAUCAACGAUGACAAAAUCGCGGAUUGCCUGCUUCGGAGCAUGACCUCCUGCGACGCAAACGAGACUGGUGGUGCGCAGAACAAGUGCAGUGCCAGUACUGCGACCGGCGAUGUUCUUGAGAGCACCUACCAAGGAAUAGAGCCUGUGAAGCAGGUGAACCUUCGGGUCAUCGCAAGUGACCUGGUCUACGCGGAGCAGGAGGUUCCGAACCUGCUUUCCGUUGUGACCAAAUUGGCGGAAUGGUUCCACCGUAACCGUUUUACUUCUUGGGAUAGACAGGAACAUGAUCCCGAAGCCGAACUGCAGGGAACACAAGAGAGGACCUUCAGGAAAGCUGCGGACGACUCGUCAAGAACAGCGGUGGAGACGACACGAACGACGAAAGGUGCUUCUUUACAAGCUUGCCUGCAAAGAACGCGACUGGUGGACAUGGAGUUUCUGUUCACAGUACAAUUUCGGCCAGGCGAAACCAAUCGGGCCGCCAUCGCCGUUUUUGUCACGUCACUGAUCCGGCUUGUUUUGUGCGAGGAUCGCUACACGGGCAAAAGAAGUUUUCGUGAUACAACUUGUUCCGGACAAGCAGCAGCCGGUACUAGCGGUGCAGCUUAUGCCAAAGACGUCGCGUUUUACCCGCCCCCGACGGCCCCGGAAUUCUAUCCGAUGUACCUUGAAGAAAGCGAAAGUUUGUUGGGACUCACAAUGGACCGUCUGUGCGGGGACAAUCAGGGGCUCAAGCAUUGGGAUUGGAAGGUUCACGACGCUGCCGUAAGACGAGCAGUCUAUGGCCAAAACUGGGUGCUAGAGGAGAUCACUUGGCAUUACCUCUUGCCGGAGAAUGGCCGAGCCUCGGUUUUAGCCCGACUACCCGGAAAAAAACGUGGGACCAUUGUGCUUCUCAGGUUGCGGUCGUUGGAAUGACGAAGCACACAAAGACAAAGACCCUAGCGAAAUUUCUCUUGCUGCUGCGCCUCGCACAAGCGUGGUAGUGCAUAAUACUGGCCCCUAAUCAUUUGAGCUCGAUUUGGGGACCCCCCCAACAUUUGAAUCGCGACGCCGGAAUGUUGUUUUCUGCUCAGACAGCGUUUCCUAUAGUACCGAAUCAGGUGAAAUAGAGAUUCAUCCUCAGCGACAAUUACACUUUAUAGAGCCGUUGUGCUGCAGCUCCAAAAUUUGGUGCCACCUGGU